GGAUAGGUGUCGGAGUCGAGUACGUAUCCGACUCCGAAUCAGGUUCCUCCUAACUCGGUGUUUCCCCCGCUUCACCUAAUCGAGCUACGAAAUAGAGAUCUCAACUUUCACUGAUGCAAUAGAGUGAAAGCCCGAGUUAUAUCUUCGGGUCGAGGAUCAUAGCAUCCCAUUUAGUUUUUAUAAAAUCCAACCACGUCUCCGUUCCGUUUCGUUUUUUUGAAAUUUCAAGGCAUGGGAAAUUGUGUUGGACAGCCGUCACGAGAACGGAGCAUAGACGGCGUAGGAAGAGAGAGGAAAUCUCAGCCGACGAGGAGCAUGUCCGAUUACCAACGUCACCGACCAAAGCUAUCCAAGUAUGAUUUCAUUCCUGACAAUUACCGCAGUCUCGAUCAGGUUAUAGCUGCCUUGAGAGAAGCGGGGCUAGAAUCAUCAAACCUUAUACUUGGAAUAGAUUUCACUAAAAGCAAUGAGUGGACAGGCAAACGUUCAUUCAGAAACCAAAGCCUUCAUGCGAUUGGUGCCACACCCAAUCCAUAUGAAGAAGCCAUAACUAUUAUUGGAAAGGCAUUGGGUCCCUUUGAUGAUGACAAUUUAAUUCCUUGUUUCGGGUUUGGUGAUGCAACCACGCAUGAUCAAGCAGUGUUCAGCUUCCACAGUGAUCAUACACCUUGCCAUGGCUUUGAAGAAGUUUUGACCUGCUAUCGGCAGAUUGUUCGGAACUUGCGAUUGUCAGGGCCCACUUCUUUUGGACCAAUAAUUGAGGCUGCAAUCGACAUCGUUGAGAGUCAUGGUGGGCAAUAUCAUGUGCUGGUUAUUAUUGCAGAUGGGCAGGUCACCAGAAGCAUUGAUACAGGGGAUAGAGAACUCAGCCCACAGGAGGAGAGCACGAUUGAUGCGAUAGUCGCUGCAAGUUCUUAUCCUUUAUCAAUUGUGGUUAUUGGAGUUGGUGAUGGACCCUGGGAUGACAUGAGGGAUUUUGACGACAAGAUCCCUGCACGUAAAUUCGACAAUUUUCAGUUUGUGAACUUCACCGAGAUCAUGUCUAAAGAUGACAGCCCCUCUGAGAAGGAAGCUGCAUUUGCUCUCGCUGCACUAAUGGAGAUUCCCAUUCAAUAUCAAGCAACCAUGGAACUUGGUAUCCUUGGACGCAUGACAGGGAAAGCUAAAAAGGUUGUUCCACGUCCUCCACCAGUUCCCUACACCCGCACACAACCACCGCUAGGAGAAAUAAGCAACCUUCAACAAUCAGCUCAACGAUCAUCAUCAGAUGACCAAAGUCAAGUGUGCCCGAUUUGCUUAAUGAAUGCAAAAGAUUUAGCCUUUGGAUGCGGGCAUAUGACUUGUGGAGAAUGCGGGCCGGGUUUAUCUAACUGUCCAAUUUGUCGCACGCGCAUCACGUCCCGUCUCAAGCUUUAUUCAGGGUGAUGUAGUCACCCUUCCAUUUGUACAUAUUUAUGCUCACCAUUUUUUUAUUCUCUUCUUGUAAUUUCCUUCAUAUGGUUGUGUUAGUCACAUCUUUGUAUUUAAAUGUUUGUAAUAAAUGAUUCAUUUUGCCAACAAUGAAACACAUUUCCUGUUGUAUA